CGGGGGCCUCUGCGGGAGGCCGAGACCCGAUGAGACCCCUGGAGGAAUGGAGGCGGCUUGACCUGACGCCCCCAUACGCUUGCUUAGUGACCUUGGGGGCCUUAUCUGGGUCCGCCCUCGCCUGCAAAUGGAGGUCCUGGUGGGCUGCUAUGCCGUGUUUUACCGCCCCGUUGUAGUAGGGGAACCCAUCACUGGGGUCGGAUGGGGCUGGGCCGCCCCACGCGGCCACAGAGGUGGGAGAGGAGCCGGCUUUUGGUGAAGGACCCUGUGGAGUGGGGGGCGGUGCGGUGCGGUGCAGGAGGAUCAGGCCCCCGAGCUGCGCCUGUGUGGGGAGACUUUGGUACUUGGUUUAGUUCAGCAGUUGCUGGCAGGUCUGGGGAGCUGGCCAGCGUGGCGAGGGAGUCGGGAUGGCCCGUGGCUACGCCUGCUCCAGGAGCAAACCCAGGAGAAGAGGGGAGCCCAAAUCGGUGGACAGACAGUGAGGACCCCAGUAGUCACGGAAGGAAGGCUUCCUGGAGGAGGGGAAAGCCUGGAAGGCCUUGAAUCACAGGGUUGUGGUCAGUGAGGCCCCCCGGAGGGAAGGUACCCACGCGGACAAACACAUUUCUCCUUCUCUCUGUCUGCUUCUCCACUUUUGUGGAGAAUUUGUAAGUUUUCCAACUUUGCCAGCUUUUCUGUCCUUGGGGUCCCCCUUCUCCCCGUGGGAAGCAUCUUGUCACCUUUAGUUCUAACGGUCUGCAGCAUUGUGUCAUAGGAUGCACGGCUCUUGCAGAAAUACGGGUACGGGAUGACGCAGGGUUUGUGUUGAUGAGGCUGCUUACCUGCCCCGCUGUGGCAUCUGACCAGAAGUGGAUGCCAGGAAGUGAGCAGAGUGAGUUUCUGGUGGGCCGACAGGCUGGCAGAAGAAAGAGCGCGGGUCUGGGGGAGCAGGCCUGGCACACACGUGGCCUGGAGCGACAGAAAGAACGUAGUGCUCAAGUUGCUGAGGUUCAUUCUUCGGAACCAUUCUGUUCUGGAUUCUGGGUUGAGGGAUACGAGGUUUCCCGCUGCGCGGGUCCCGGCCCCAUCCGCAGGGUGACUGCCAGCGCCCACGAGUGCUGGACCUUCCUAUUUUCUGGUCGUCAGCAGCUGCGCUUCUUGGGAGAAGGGACCUUAGGCCAAAGCUCUUUGGGGGCAGACUCUCCAGUGCUGCCGGGGUGGGCUCCAGGUGGACGGACCUUCGACAGUGGUCAGUCUGUCGUGGAAUGUGACAGCAGGGCCAAAAUAACUGAGUUUUAAAAAUGUCACGUAUAUCACGUUCGCUACAGACUUCAGAGUCGUUUCUUCAGUAAAUAUUUGAGCACUUAUUCUGCGUCUGGCAUGGGGGAGAUUCAGCGAUGAGCCAAGGGGACGUCCACCUCUUGCGAGCUGACUGUACCUGGAGACAGGUAGUGAGCAGGCAGUUCCAUAAGUGUGUAAAUACGGGUGCUGCAGAGCCACGUGCAGGGCACUGUGUGCAACAGGCUCAGGGGGCUGCUGCCUCAGGAGGAUGAGUGAGGAAGAGGGGCGAGAGUUCCGGGGAGAGGGGAGGGCGCGCGCACAGGUCCUGAGGCGGGACGAGCGUGGAGCCACUUCAUUCCAAAGCCACGGUGUUUUCUUCUUUUGAGUGUGAGUCCCUGGAUACGGCAGCCUGGCCUGUAGGAGUCAGCCCUGGGUGGUGGCCAGGCAAGAGGCAGCUCUGCCUGGUUUGGCAUGGCGUCUGGGCUCAGCCUGAUUUUGCAGCCUGAGACCUGGGUAAGAAAAGCCUUCCUCUGAGCCUGUGGUGGGUGGCAGUUGGAAAACCUCUGCUGAGCAUUCUCAUUGCUCCGAGUGCUGGGAAGGGCUGCAUCCUCCCAGAGGUGGCUAGGGUGACACAUGGCAUAUGUGUUUCUACACCUCAGGCACCUUCACACACCCAAAGAGCUAUGGAGGCCAAGGAGUUCGGCUCUGGGACAGACUGGAGGCCAGGGUGGCCCUCUUAGGCAUAGUCCUUUCCCUGUGAAUGUGAGCUCACUGAUUGUGACCCUAAAAUGGGGCUGGAGCUAGCCCGGGGGGAGCAUGAGGGUCGGGCCAGAGGUGGCUCCUAGAUGCUAGUGCGCCCCAGCCCCUGGCUCUGGUCUCUGGGAGGAACUGCAUGAAUGCUCUGAGCGCCCUAGCUAUUAGAGUGUGGAUUUUAAAGCAGUAGCUCAAAGCAGUUCAGAAAGUGAGUGUACACUGCUGUUAGUAGGACGGCGACAAGUUAUGGAAUAAGAGCCAAGCCCUGAGCAGUUCUCAGUGGUCUGAACUGUCCUCGUGGCCCGGGUGUCUUUGUGCCAUGUGCCUCUGUCCCGUUUUAGGGGUUCUGUGAUAGACGCCGUCCACUGGUAGAGCCAGAUGAGCCGGCCUGGGCCCAGUUGCCCCCGUGCCUGAAAUGUCAGGAUCCCUCUGGGGUUCAUGCUCUCAUCUCAGGAUUCUGGGUUGCUGCAUUGCAGUGGGCGUGGCUCAUGUUGGAACUGAACCUGUUCAGGUCUGAGAUCCUGAUGGAGCCAGUGCUGGGUGAUGGACCUGUUCGUAGGUUUACACUCAAGAGCCAUAGAAACUGACUUGUCAGAACCAUGACUCUGUCCUGCCCUUGGGACUCCACUGGGGCUGGAGAAGGACGCGCAGCUGGUGGGGAGGAGUGGCUCUGGUCCCCCCCCCCUCCCCGGCGCUUGGAUCCACAGCCCUGAGCCCUGGACUCAGCUGUAUGGCUGUGUCUCUCCUGAGUGCCUGGGUCGAGUGGGCUGUGACGUUGGUGUAAGAGUAGGACCCUGUGAGCUCCUGAGACUUUGACAGUUCAGCUUUUAGGAUUCUCUGAUCCCACAUUUGAAGAGAUGUCCCAGGGUGUUUCAUAUCACCUUUGCUGAUGUGGUGGUGAACCAUAUCCCCGUGACCUGGUGCCCCGGACAGAGCGAGAGGCGAGGGAGGUGCAGAAGUAAUGCAUGCUCAGGGCUUCUGCUCCGUCGCCUCGCAGGAGGGAGCUUGACCUGCUGGCUGCCCGGAGAGGCCACCGGGUGGUGGUGAAUGACCAGGCUGGUCUUACCUGUCGCCUCUGCCCUGCACUUGUGUCUGCAGCCUGCCCAUGCCUAGACCUCUCCUCCGACACUCCCUGCCGGCCGAGUUCGUGUGUGUCAAGGGCUGGGCCACACCGAGGCCUGCGUCCAGCGAAGAUGGCCGCCCUUCACACGGCUCCAGACUCCUCAGCCGUGCAGCUGGAGAGGGCGGAGGACGGGUCGGAGUGUGAUCCUGACCAGGAGGAAGAGGAGGAGGAAGACAAGGGGGAAGAGGCAGAGGCAGUGGACGAGGAGGCCUUGGCCGGGGCACAGGCGGAUGGGGCGUGGGCAGGGCCGGUGGAGCAGGUGGACGUGGAGUCUCAGGAGGACGAGGACGUGGAGGAGGUGCUGGCAGAGGAGCUGAGUCCAGCGUGGGGGACCCAGGAGCGCCUUAGCCGUGGUGGUGAUGCCAGGUCCCUCCUUCUCCAGGACAACGCCCUGCAGGCCCCCCAGGGUCCGGCUGUGGCCAGGGAGGAGGACCUGGAAGAGGACGAGGACGAGGACCUGGAGGACGAGGACGAGGAGGAUUUCCUGACGGCUGGGUCUCAGGGCCUGGUGACCUUUGAAGACGUGGCUGUGUACUUCUCUCUGGAGGAGUGGCAGAGGCUGGACGCGGCGCAGCGAGACCUCUACAAGGAAGUCAUGCAGGAGAACUAUGGGAUCCUGGUGUCCUUGGGAUACCCAAUCCCCAAGCCGGAUCUGAUCUUCCGGCUGGAGCAAGGAGAGGAGCCGUGGGUCCCAGAUAGCCCCAGUCCUGAGGAGGGAGACAUCGUCACUGGCGUCUACACAGGGGCCUGGUUCUGGACAGAUGACAUAGAGGACCAUGAGGAGGAAGACGAUGAGGACUUCCUGGCAGAGGUAGCUGAGGAGGAGAACGAGCCCCCCGGGCUGUGGUCGGCGGCCUACGGCGUGGGGGACGUGCCUGGGACGUGGGGCCCUGACGACUCGGAUUCGGCACAGACUCCGGAGGGCUGGGGGCCUGACCCGGGUGGCCUCGGGGCCCUGGCCGAGGGGUCGGAGGUGAAGCCUUUCCUGGGCGACCGGGAGCCAGUCGCGAACCUGCUGGCGCCAUGGGCGUUCCCUGCCGAGGUGGCUGCCCCUACCGGGCGGCCCGAAACCACAUGCGACGUGUGCGGCAAGGUGUUCCCGCAUCGGUCCCGGCUGGCCAAGCACCAGCGCUACCACGCGGCCGUCAAGCCCUUCGGCUGCGACGAGUGUGGCAAGGGCUUCGUGUACCGCUCGCACCUGGCCAUCCACCAGCGCACGCACACCGGCGAGAAGCCCUUCCCGUGCCCAGACUGCGGCAAGCGCUUCGUCUACAAGUCGCACCUGGUCACGCACCGGCGCAUCCAUACUGGCGAGCGGCCCUACCGCUGCGCCUUCUGCGGCGCGGGUUUUGGACGGCGCUCCUACCUGGUCACGCACCAGCGCACACACACGGGCGAGCGGCCCUACCCGUGCCCGCACUGCGGCCGCAGCUUCAGCCAGAGCUCGGCGCUCGCUCGACACCAGGUUGCGGCGGCAGCGGAGGCGCCCGCUCCCCGGAGCAAGGGGGACUCUGAGCCGGACAGGCGGUUCCUGGAGCUGGGCAACGGCCUGGGAGACGGCGAAGGCCCUUCCUCGCACCCGCUCGGCUUCCACUUUCCCGUGCACCCCAAGUCUUGGCUCCACCCAGACGGCUUUCCGAUCCUGGGCCUCGCGGACUUCGGGGAGCGGCUGCCAGUAUCUCAUACAGGGAAGAAACCCUACGACUGUAAUGUAUGUGGGAAAACCUGUGUGAAGCCAAAUCUCACUAAACAUGAAAAAAUUCACACAGGUUUGAAACUCUAUGAAUGUAAUGAGUGUGGCAAAUCCUUUUCUAUGAAUUCUAUCCUUACUGUACGUCAAAGAACUCACAUAGGGGAGAAACCCUGUGAACGUAAUGAAUGUGGGAAAUCCUUCUGCAAGAAGUCAGCUCUCGCUAAAAAUCAGGUAAUUCACACGAGAGACACUCUAAUUUGCAUCAAAUGUGGAAAAUUCUGUCACAUUGUGUCGCAUCAUAGAGAACUCAUGGGAGAAACCUUACAAAUGUAGUAAUAUGGAGACUCCCUUUAUGUAUAAAUUUAGUCUUUAGUUGACACCAGAGGGUACACAUGGGGUAGAGGGUGGAGGGCUGUCCAUGAAUGGAAUGAACAUUGGAAAAUUUGUGCAUGCUUUGCUAAAUAUCAGCCAAUUCUAUGGAGAGAGAGCCCUGAGAACAUCCUGUAUAUUAGUAUCUGCCUACAAAUCAAAUAUAUGUCUCAGAGAAAUCAUGAGGAAAAACUUAAAGAAUAUAACAAAAGUAUAAAACAUUUACAAACUCACAACUUACUGAACACGAGGUAAUUGAUAUUGGAGUGAAAAAAUAUAUGUUUUGUAUGCAUGAAAGCUUUCAAGAAAAAAACUUUUAUUUUCAAAGAAAGGAAUUAAUACAGAGGAGAAACCUAUCAAUUUAGGAAAUGUGGAUAAGUUAUUUUUCUCUAGGAAUAAUAUAAUACUAGAAGUCACGAUUGUGAUGUGGUACCAAAUUUUGAAAAUGUGACAUAAUGUAUAGCUUAUACUAAUGGUACUCAUUGUUAGAAUAUGAAGCCUUUGAAAAACACAAGUUGCAGCAGCAAGGUGAAGGCAUUGGACCCUUGAAGAGAGUACUUGAGGUAAGCAAGGCUUAGGUCAGAAACCAAGGAAGCAGCAAAGAUUAAUGAGGACGUGUCAGAGGUCACAGAGUAGCUAGAAGGGGCUCCCACUGGCCAAAUUUGAGGUAACUCGAUGGUCAAAUGGAAUGACCGUAAUUGCCUAUAACAUUUGAGUAAACAAAAAUCUGAGUCCAUAGCGAAACACAGAAAACGUUAAAGGGGCUAAGCUCAUUCCCACCAUUGGAAGCGAAUCUCACACAAACUCCUUACUCUGUACUUAGAGGGAAAGAAUUCGGUUUUCAGCCUAUCCUUUUAGUAGAAGCAGUUGUCUCUCUCCAGUUGUGGUAAGGCUGUCCGUUAUUGAAAAAUGUCAGCUAAUGUAGAAGGAAUGACCAUUUGACAGAUUACUAAUUCACCCUUAGUGCAUCUAGGCAAAGAUUGUCAGUAGAUGUUAGAAUCAUCAGAUUCUAAGGAGACAGGCCAUUCGUGUAGUGCCAGAGUAUCGCCCAUGGAUAUCUCACUCACUGUACCUAGAAAAAGUGUACCUUUACAAUGGAAUGAUCUAGUGCCCACUUUAACCAGGUGACCGCAUGUAGCAUCGCUCAUAGCAGUAGUUCCGUUACAUGCCUCUUGAUGAGAUGCACUCUAGUGUUCUUGCCAGAACACUUAAUGUGAAUCCAAUCCCGCAUUCGGUCUUUUAGUUUACAGGAAAUAAGGCAGAUGGAGGAAACAAUCAGACAGAUAAGGAACGCGGGGUAUUCUACAAGACAACUGACAACUGGCCCCUUCAAGAAGGCAAUGUCAUUUUAAAAAAGAAGGUGAGGGACUAUUUUUGAUUCACAGAAACUAGUGAGACAAUCAAAUGCAGGUCAUGAACCUUGACUGGAUUAAAAAAGACAUCUACAUAGCUAUUUUGGAGGCAAUUAGAGGAAUUUAGAUGUGGAAUUGGUAUUAGACAAUACUUGGGAAGUAGAGUUAAUUUUCUUAAGUGCGAUAAUUGUGGUUAUGAAUAUUCGUGGUUGUUUCUGGGAUGUAUGCUGAAUACAGAGAGGCGAACUGUUAUGAUGUUUGCAACUUUAGGGUGGUUCAAGACAAAAUGAUACAUAAGUAGAUGGAUCAGAAAUAGUCCAAUUCUAGCACUUAUUGAAGUUAGUGGUAGGUAAAUGGGCGUUCACUAUAUUUUUCUUUAAAGAACUCUGAAAAAAAUUGAUUAAAAGUCUUGGGAAAGUACCACACUAAUCUAUUCUCUUACUGUUUUCUGGCAUACAUAGAUAAUUUUCCCAUUGUUAUUGGUCUACUCAAUAACAGCCAAACAACGCCUUUUUAAAAAGUGACUGUCUUGGGUUUAGCUGGUUUAAUGACAGCAUGCUCUUGAGCUAUGCAAAGGCAGGCUACGGCGCUGCCGACGACUCAAGGCUUGCUCGGGAGUAGCUGGACAGCAGUGCUCACUAUGCAGAAGGUGGUUCUGUGCAUGGAAACGCGCUUCUCAUUCCUACUCCCAGUGGUUGCAACGGGGCCUCCAGAGUAGGCUUCCAGAUGCCCUGCCCUUGAGCAGGUGGGCAGGCCGCUCCCUGUUUCUUGUUGGAGAGACUUGAUGUGGCCCGUGAUCUCUCUCUACCAGGAUUCUGUCGGGCUGGGCAUAUGACCUGGCACAGGCCAAUGGGAUGUUUCGGAAAGUAUUCUCGGUGACGUGGGGGAAAGGGCUUGUUAUUGUUUGUCGUGAGCACAAUGGCAUUGUCCAUCUGGAUACCACCGUUGGUUGCAUCUUGUGAAUCAGGGCUGGUACUCUGGGGACGGUGAGCAGAGGUAGAGAAGCCGCGGACAGUGAUGGCGCAGAGUGAAUUAACCAGCUCUGAAGCUGUAUCAGGAAGACCUGAGGUCAGGAGUCCCCUUAUACCUGGAGCUCUAAGGCGUCCUCACAUUGCAGAGGUGUAUAUUUUUUUUAAUUAUGUGAUUCAGAAGUGUUAGAUACCACAGGAAUUUGGAUGCAAGAAUGAUUUUUUUUUUUUUUUGAGAAAUGAUUCAGUGACUGCUUUCUGCCAUGUAAAUUUCCAUGAAACAAUGAAAUGAUGCUGUUUCUUGUUUGAAAGAAAUAGAACACAGGAAAUUUCCUUCUGGUACCUAUUUGCAAAUUAGGUAUUCUUUCUCUUUACAGGAGACAACUAUUUUAAAAUUUAAAUAAAUUGUCCAUUGUGCAUUUCCCACUUUUCCUUGACAAGA